AAGACUUGCGUAUGACAUAGCGACUGCUGUGGUAUCAAAUGAUUUCUGAUAUGCAUUACGAAUAAAAUCAGUUAGUCUCUUACUCUCUUUUCUAUUAUCAUGGCUGUUAGCGCAGUUUAUCUCGGAUCAGACGCCUUUCUUGUCUGUAUGAACCAUGCCUUAAGUACGGAGAAGGAAGAGGUUAUGGGACUAUGCAUUGGAGAGGUUGAUACAAAUCGCAUUGUACACAUUCACUCUGUGAUCAUCCUGCGGCGGUCAGAUAAACGGAAAGAUCGUGUGGAAAUCUCACCUGAACAGCUCUCUGCUGCCUCAACCGAGGCAGAAAGAUUAGCGGAGAUCACUGGACGCCCAGUGAGAGUUGUUGGAUGGUACCACUCCCAUCCACACAUCACAGUUUGGCCAUCACACGUUGAUGUGAGAACCCAAGCAAUGUAUCAGAUGAUGGAUCAAGGAUUUGUGGGACUUAUUUUUUCUUGUUUCAUUGAGGACAAGAACACUAAAACAGGUAGAGUGCUUUACACCUGUUUCCAGUCAGUCCAGGCACAGAAAGGCUCAGAGUAUGAGAGAAUAGAGAUUCCAAUUCAUGUCGUACCACAUGAGGCCAUUGGUAAAGUCUGCCUGGAAUCAGCUGUAGAACUCCCCAGGAUCCUUUGCCAAGAGGAACAGGACACAUACAGAAGGAUCCACAGCUUAACCCAUCUGGACCCAAUCACAAAGAUCCAUAAUGGCUCAGUGUUCACCAAGAACCUGUGCAGUCAGAUGUCUGCUGUGAGUGGGCCACUACUGCAAUGGCUGGAGGACCGUCUUGAACAGAAUAAGCAGAGCGUUCUGGAGCUGCAACAGGAGAAAGAGCGCCUCACCCUGGAACUUGCCUCCUUGUAAUGGAAAUGCAUGACUGGGAAUGCAUGGAGUGAAGUGUUUGAUUUGUGCCAUUUGAUGAGGGAGCACUUGUACAGAUUAAUACUUUUAAGGAUGUAUAUAAAUUAAUUUAAAAUUAUCUCAUUACACAGAUCUUCUGGCAAAGUGAUUGACAUUUUGUGGAAAAUUGGUUAAUUUUUUUUUUUUUUUUGUGAUUUCUAAAAGUUAAUUGUAUCCACUUAUGUUUUGAAGCCAUAUUGUGCUCUAUUCACACUGCCAGUAUUCCCACAGUCUUGUUUAUCUUUCUCCUCCACUGUUGCUUCACUCUGCCUCAAUAUACCAAUAUUUUAUGACUAGAGGCUUAUCAGUAAAUAUGUGUGCUUACAAUUAAACAGACUGUAAUUCAUGGGAAUUAAUGGGAAUUGCUAAUAAAAUACCAAUACUGAUUUA